AUGUAUCAUAUUUAUAAAUCUUCCGUAUGCAUUUUACCAGUCAAAAAACCAUUGAAUAAAACUGCUUCUUCACCAUCACCAUCUACAAAUAUUAACCAACUCAUAUUCAUCGUCGCGGCUUCCAUCAAGACAUGGCCUAACCGUAGGUCGUAUUUCCAAGAAUGGUGGCGGCCAAACAUCACGCGUGGAUACAUCUUUUUCGAUCAAAAUCCCACCACAAAUAUUCUCCCAUGGACAUAUAAUAAUAAUCUCCCUCCAUAUCGCGUGUCUGAGAACACCUCAAAGCUCGAGGUGUACUCCAGACACGUGAAGCCUGAAGUUAUCAGGAUCGUGAGAACGAUCCUGGAAACAUUCAGGGAGGGAGAUAAGGACGUUAGAUGGUACGUCAUGGGAGAUGAUGACACCAUCUUUUUCUUGGAUAAUUUGGUGCAACUUUUAGGGAAGUAUGAUGACACAAAAUAUGUGUAUAUUGGUGGUGUAUCCGAAAGUGUUAAGUCGGGUUUGGGGAUCUCGUUUGAGAUGGCGUAUGGUGGCGCGGGGUUUGCGUUGAGUUACCCGUUGGUAGAGGCUUUGGUUGUGAAUCUUGAUCGAUGCAUAGAGACUUACCCUUAUUAUGCUUUUGGUGAUCAGAUUUUGAGUGCUUGUGUUGCUGAUAUGGGUGUUCCUCUUAAUACUGAAAAGGGGUUUCAUCAGCUUGAUCUGACGAAUGAUAUUUCUGGGUUUUUAUCGGCUCACCCACAAGCACCGUUGAUCUCCUUUCACCACCUCGACUUCACCUCUCCUAUUUUCCCAACCAUGGACCGCCAUAAGUCCGUCAGACAUCUCAUGACCGCGGCUAAAGUAGACGAGACACGCCUUCUUCAACAAGCCGUUUGCUACCACAAGCAAACAAAAUGGGCAUUUUCGGUAGCUUGGGGCUACUCGGCUUACAUUUAUGAGCAGUUAAUCCCUCGAAGUAUUCUUAGAAGACCUUUAGAGACAUUUACUCCAUGGGGCUUCAUAGGAGAACCACCACAUUAUAUGUUUAACACGCGAUUGGUCACCAAUAAUUCAUGUGAAACUCCCCAUGUUUUCUUCUUUCAUUCCAUAACGAGACUCAGUAGUGAUAGUAGUAGCAGUAGUAGUAAUAAUAACAGUAAUAGAACAACGGAUGAAAUCAUGAUGACCUACAUUCGUUACAAGCCGCGUCAAUUGCCACCUUGUUCUUCUGAUCAUUCGGCGGAUUAUAUUUCUACGAUUCAAGUUUACUCUCCGGCUACAAAACUAAACUUUGUUGGAAAUAGAGGGGAAUGUUGUGAUGUAUUGAAUGUUGAUGGCAAGAACACGGCGGAAAUUAGGAUAAGGAGUUGCGAGAAGACUGAGAUGAUCGUAGUGUAG